GCCGAAGUCCAUGGUUUCGCCGCGGUACAUGCACUCACUUCGCUAAUAAAAACUUCAACAUACAUUGUUUUUAUAAUGGAAAUAUCAUCUAAUUCCUCUAAACUAAACUGUGGUAUUAAAGCUGUCAUAUUAGAUAUUACAGGGGUUUUAAAGGAAAGUGGCCCUAAUGGUGGAACUGCAGUUGAAGGUUCUAUUGAUGCACUUAACAGGUCAAUCAUCAAAAAUAAAAUAUUUUACUCAACUCUGACUCUGUCAACUGGUACUGGUACUCAUACUAUUAUGGUAAUCUACCACUUGAGCGUCGGCCAAGAAAAAAUCCAGUUGUACCGGUUGGAACAACUAUUCUUACAUUGGAGUCUGAUAAUAUUUUUGCUUCCGUAUAGAGUAUAGAGGCUAUAAAGUUAUAUUAUAUAGCACAAUACUAAUACAUUUAAAUAAUUGAUCUUUCCCCUUCAUAUUUACGUGGAUUCAUGUACCACAACUGUUUUCGUGGAAAUUAUAUUUUUUUAAACUUCAUUGUCAACUUGGGGGAGAACUAUGCAUAAUUCCAUUUUCCACAUUAUCUUCUAUUUCAAAAAAUUGUUAUAGUUUUUCUAUUUAAAAAAAAAAAAUUGUCUAUUAUUAAUUAUGGGAAUGAAUACGUACAACCAAUGUCAUUAAAAAUAAUAAAAGAAUAGUUGUUUAAAUUGCCCUUCCAACCGGAACAGCUGGAUUUUUUCUUGGCUGACGCUCAAGUGGUAGAUUACCGCUCACUAUUAUUACUUAAUUCAGGUUCUCAACCUGGGGGUCGCGCGACCCUUUCCCAGGGGUCGCCUAAGACCAUCUGAAAACAAAUCUGCUCUACAGUUAUAAAGUAUCAACGAAAAUAAUUUUGUGGCUGGGGGUCACCACAACAUGAGGAACUGAAGGAUCGGGCAUUAGGAAGGUUGAGAACCACUGACUUAAUUAAUACUAUUACAGCUAUUAUAAUCCUAGGGGACCAUCCAUUAAUUGACGUCGUCGUCGCGCAACUAGCGGAAGGUGGUCACAUUUUGUGAUGGUUUGGUGGGGGGCGGUUAAAAAUUGGCUAUUGCAAAACAUACAUCAGCAUUAUUUAAAUAUACGGUAAAUUAUUAGAGAUCCUCCCGCGAUGGCCGCCAUCUUGGUUGACACAACCAGUUAAUUCUGUCACUAAAUGUAUCCUUAAACCUAGCCUGAACCCUAAUUCACUGCAACUAUAAUAAACACGCAAAUGACCAAAUGACGUCAUAGGAUGAUCUCUAAGAAUUAGCCAAAUAUGGUAAUACAUUUAAUAAAUGACUCGCACAACAUUUUUGUCAAUUUAUUACCAAAAUAAAUUAAGUAACAAAUCAUCUUCUUUAUAAAAUCUUAAUAAUACUAUCUUUAACAGGGGAGUAGCUGGCCGAGUGAUGGGGAGAGACCUGUGUUUGUACCACCCCCCCCCCCCUCACUUCUUUUGCUGUCGUCAAGAUACUUUUUUACAUGACCAAAUCCAAUGAGUUUUUUUAAAUAAAUAAAGCACAGCAGACAGCAGUAUAUAGUGUUCAAAAGAUGGCUAAUGUUGGAACCCCACUGUCAAAACAAGUCACCUAUGGGCCUAAGCCCUAAUAUUUAAUAACUUUUUAUGUUACAGCCCUCAGAAACAUAACCCUCAUUUGAUACAUGUUAAUAAUUUUAUUUAUUAAUAAUCAGGUUGUAUGCAUCUGGCCUCACGGUGCGCUUUUGUACCAAUGAAACAACUGUAACAAGAAAUACAUUGGCCAGGCAGCUCAGAAGUCUAGGCUUUACAAUUGAUGAAGAAAAAGUGUUUCCACCUAUUCCUGCAAUGUGCAAGAUAUUAGAGGAAAAUAAGCUAAGACCACAUUUAUUAGUUCAUCCAGGUAUAGCUGAUACAAUAUUAUGUUUAUUGUGGAAAAUAUAACAAUCUUACAAAAAAAAGAUCCUAAAUAAUGUGAAUGCUGGGACUAUUCGCACCCGGUACUAGAAGUGAGAGAUUGAGAUUUAAAAAACUAAUUAUAAACCCAUCUCUUACUCCACUCCUCUCUAACUAAAAUAUGACUUCUGGCAUUAUCAAAAUUUAGCUUUAACAUUAAUGACAAGCAGAUGUAAACAUGGGCACCCGCAGAAAACUUUCUAGCGGGGGUGCAAAAAAAAUCGAUUAACUUUCCGGGGGGGGGGGGCAAAUAAUUUUACUUCUGGCAUUAUCAAAAUUUAGCUUUAACAUUAAUGACAAGCAGAUGUAAACAUGGGCACCCGCAGAAAACUUUCUAGCGGGGGUGCAAAAAAAAUCGAUUAACUUUCCGGGGGGGGGGGCAAAUAAUUUUAGUAAUGUUUUAAUGUAGUUUUAAUUUACUGUAGCGUAUUUGUGUGGUGAACGAACAGACAGGACAUCAGCUUAGUUACUUUCUCUUUAUUUUCUCUUUACUUUAAUACAUUUUUUGUCUAAAAAAUUUUCAUCCAAUCAAUCGGGGGGGAGGAGUGCCCCCCCUGCGGGCGCCCAUGGAUGUAAAUAAAUGAGGGUGACAAAAAAUUUACUCGGAUUUGUUUAUUAGUAGUUAUUGGUAAGGGUUAUAAUUAUACUUUUUAAAGAGAAAUAAUUGGAUUAUUAUUAAUUACAAAUAAUUACAUUUCUUAUUAUCUGCAUGUGAUUAAAUCAGGUUGGGAGGUCACACCGACUCAUCUCAGUAGCACACCCCCCACCCUACCAAACAGCUUGAGUGAGUACACAUCAUAGGGUUUCGUUCACACUUGAUCAACUUAUGUAUUUGGCCAUGGUCAUUCUUACAUGAUCAAUAUGUGAGCCAAUGAUAAAUCCCCCUAUCCCAGAAAUAAGCUGUGUUGGAACAGUAGACUUGAUUCCAAGGAGUCCACCCAGGGCUAUGCAUCUGCCUAACAAACCGCAAGCCUGCAUGAACAAGCCCUGUUGGGGGGGGGGGUUGAGCUACUAAGUUGAGUCGGUGAAACAGUUGAAUACACUAUGUGAGCUGGACAAAGGAUGACAGUAAUAAUAAUACAGAAAAGGUGGCAGGGGUAAAUUUUAGCAAGAUAUGCUUACUACACAACAGUAUAUAAAAUAUGAAGGUCCAUUCUGAUUUCUUCACACUGUGUAGGUGUUUUUCAGAUGCGCUUUCAGAUUUUGGACACAUUGACGUAAAGGAUCCAAAUUGUGUUAUUAUUGGGGAUGCUACAGAUCAAUUUACUUACGAAAACAUGAACAAAGCAUUUCAAUGCCUCAAAGGGCUUGAAAAACCAAAGCUUUUUGCUCUAGGAAAAGGGUAAAAGAUUUCACUCUUUAUCAGUUUUUCCAGCAUGUAGAUAGAAACUCUACUAAAUCUUUGCUCAGCUUAUCUUUUAAAAACAACAUGAAAGUAAACCCAGGUCAAGGCACUACUAAAAAUUGAGUUAUAUAUUAACUGUCUUAUUUACACAAAUUGUUUGUGUCUCAUUAAUAGAAAUAGUAACUAUCAAAGUAAAGCUGUCCAGUUGUAAUUGUAAAGGAAUGUAAACAAUUUAUCUGUAACUUUAAGCAGUUUUAUAAUAUGGUGAGUUGCUAAGUGUAAUGAAGUAAAAUUUCAAUAGCAAUAUAAAUUAAGGGCAGUAAGUAAGUGGUAAAAAUAAGAGCAAAUGCACCAUGAUAAAGUCAUUAUAACAAAUGAUGAACAUGUUUUAAUAAACUUUUUUUUUCAGAAAAUAUUAUCAAGAGGAAGGUCAGUUAAUACUUGAUGUUGGGCCAUUUAUGAAAGCUCUUGAGGUGAGCUUCUUCUUUUAUAUUUUGAGGGCUCACGAUCAAUGUAUUGAUCAUUCUGACUCCUGUGUGACCAUCCAAUAAACAAGGGUUGUUUAUACCAUAUUACUAUUACUAUUACAUUCUUUGCUUUUAUUAAAUAUAUUUAUUUUACAUUAAAAAUUUAUUUUCAGAUGUUCUCACAAAAAAACUUGCUUCAGACUAAAUGAUAAAUAAAAGAGAUUCUAGUAUUUGCAGAUAUGAUAUGAAUUAUACAUUUUUAUUUAUUUAGAUGUAAAAUGCUAAGAAAUAUCUAGGCAUCUCUUUUUUUAAUUAAACUUUAAAAGAAAGCUCCAAUGCCCUUAAUUUAUAUCUCUUAUUUUCGUUUGUAAGUAUGCCACAGGAGUGACUGCAGAAAUUGUUGGAAAACCAUCUUCUUUUUUUUUCAAUGCAGUUCUGAGAGAUAUGGGGACAACAGCAAGAGAGGUAUUAUUAAUAUAAUUGUCAAUUCAGUUUUUUCCAGUAAGUUAGGGAUUUUCAUAUAAUUUCAGCACCCUUAUCUAUGUCAUGCAAAUAAAACUAAAAAUAAUAAUUAAGAACAUUUUAGGGACCAGAACCAUUUAUCCCAAAUAAAGUGCCUAAAUAAAACAUGGGUGUAAUUAUGAUUAACUGGAAUCUACUUUUCCAGCCCCAACCAUGUUCAUAUUUUUAAUCAAGAAUUUUUGUUGUUUUUUUAAUGUGAUUCAUUUUUGUUCAUAGAAAAUGAUUUGUUUGCUGAAAUUAUUCACAAUAAUAAGUUCCAGUUACUGGUAAAACAUUUUUUUCCAGACAGUAAUGGUAGGGGAUGACAUUGUAAGUGAUAUUGGUGGAGCACAAAGUUGUGGAAUGAUUGGUGUGUUAGUUCGUACAGGAAAAUUCAGGUACAUAGAGAGCAUUAUUUUAGAAAAAUUAAUCAUAAUUUCUUGUUGUCUUUGAACUUUGAGUGCAUAAUUGACAACAAGGUUUAUUUAUUAUGGUGGGGGUUUUUUAAUUGACAAAAGUAUAUUUCUUUAUUCUCAUUAAUAUGAAAACAUUUUAUGAACUGAGUUCUAAAAUCUGUUUGGAAGAUAAGACCAGAGUAAACCAAGCAACUUAAUAUAUUAAACAUAUGCAGGCAAAAAAAAACAAAGUUAAGUUUAAUUCAAUUUCAUCUCUAGUUUUUAGUUUCGAAGAAGUUAAAGGUUACCAUUAACACCAACUUAUUAAACUUGUUUGAUGUAAAUAGAUAUAUACAGAGUCAUUAUGGUGUUUUAGGCCUAGGCAAAGAAUUUAAAUCUUAUCACCACAAUCUCCGGCAUCCUUCCGUCUCGUGAGACGAUGGUGCAUCACCGUUGGUUUGGGUUGCAUUUUCUCGAGUGGCUGUGCAGUCCUAUCCUUGAGUGACAGUCUUUACCACAGUUUUUACACACGAGUUCCGUGCUUCUAAAUGUUUUGGCCUUUCUCCUAGCUCUUCUGUCUGCAGCCUCUUCCAUUCUUCGCUCCUCGGCUACCAUGACGCCCUCUUUGACAACUGUGCGCCACGUAGAUCGGUCUUUUGCCUUACACUCCCAGUCACUUGUAUGUAUUUUGGCUGCUUUCAUGUCCCUUUGACAGACAUCUUUAAAUCGCAGACGUGGGCGACCUGUUUUCCUCUUUCCAGAAGCAAGUUCACCAUAUAGGAGGUCUUUCGGAAUGCGGCCGGGACUCAUUCUUUUAACAUGACCUAGCCAUCUCAGGCGUCUUUCACUAAGGAUUGUGAACAUGCUUUGGGUAUUCGCACGCAUUAGGACCUCACUAUUAGUCACUUUUUCUUGCCAUUUAAUACCAAGGAUGCGACGCAGGCAUCUCAUAUGGAAGCUAUUAAGCUUGCGCUCUUGGGAUGUAUAGGUGGUCCAUGUCUCGCUCCCGUAUAGUAGUGUACUGAUGACACAAGCUCGAUAGACGCACAGUUUGGUUUUCUCCGUUAGCUUGGUGUUUUGCCAGACCCGUUUAUUUAGUUUAGCCAUUGUGGCAGCUGCCUUGCCGAUUCUGCUGUUAAUUUCUUCUUCAAUGGACAGUGUAUUGGAGACCUUGGACCCCAAGUAGGUGAAGCUGUCCACAACCUCCAAGUUUUCAUUAUCGAUUUUUAUGUUAGGUGGAGGUCGAGUGUCUUGGGCCAUGAUGUUUGUCUUUUUCAAGCUGAUUUGCAGACCAAAUUCUUUGCAGGCAUUGGAGAAGCUUGACACGAGUUGUUGCAAACCAAUUUCUGUGUGUGCUGUUAGUGCCGCAUCAUCCGCAAAUAGUAGCUCGCGAAUUAGGACAUCUGUCGUUUUGGUCUUGGCUCGGAGGCGGGCAGUGUUGAAAAGUCCUCCAUCAGCUCUGGUGUGUAACCAGAUUCCCUCACUGCUAUCCUUGAAUGCGUAUCGAAGUAGUACAGAGAAGAAUAUUGCGAACAGUGUUGGUGCGAGUACACAACCUUGUUUAACUCCGCUGCUGACUGGAAAGGCUUCUGACUUGGCUCCAUCGAACUGCACUGUACCCUGCAUAUUUUCAUGGAACUCUCUGAUGAUGGCAAGUAGGUGAGGGGGACAGCCGAUUUUUGCCAGUAUUUUGAAUAGCCCGUUGCGACUGACGUAAUCAAAGGCUUUUGUAAGGUCCACAAAGGCAAUGUACAGUGGCAUCUGCUGCUCUCUGCAUUUUUCCUGGAGCUGUCGUAUGGAGAACACCAUGUCUAUGGUAGACCGCCCAGACCGGAAACCGCACUGAGAUUCUGGAUAGACACGGGAUGCUAGACUCUGUAAACGUGUUAGUAUGACACGGGCAAAGGCCUUUCCUACAAUACUAAGGAGUGAAAUGCCGCGAUAAUUAUUGCAAUCACUCCUAUCACCUUUGUUUUUAUAUAGUGUCACUAUAUUUGCAUCCUUUAGGUCUUGGGGGAUGUAGCCCUGUUCCCAGCAGAGGGACAGAAUCUCGUGCAAUGGUUGGAGUAAAGCUAUCUUACCACUCUUUAGAGCCUCUGGUGGUAUUCCAUCAUCCCCAGGCGCUUUUCCACAAGCUAGACUAUCAAUAGCUUUGCUCAGCUCUUCCUGUGAGGGCACGACAUCAAGUUCUUCCAUGAGUGGCAUAUCUGGUAUGUCAUCUAGAGCGGUGCUGGAGACUGUGGUAACUGUUGAAUACAAUUCCAGAUAAUGCUCAACCCAACGUUUUAGCUGUGCUGCCCGGUCUUGGAUAAUUUCUCCAUUUUUGGACUUUAGAGGAGCAACUUUGGACGUCAAGGGGCCAGUUGCCUUUUUGAUGUUUUCGUACAUUGCUUUUGCAUCGCCCAUAUCUGCAGCUGACUGUAUGCUGGAACAGAGGUUAAGCCAGUAGGUAUUGGCACAAUUACGUGCAACCUUUUGGGCAAGUGACUUGGCUGUUUUUAAGGCAUGCAACCUGUCGGGUGUAGGCUUUUCCUUGUAAGCCGUAAGAGCUUUCCUUUUGGCUUCAGUGACAGGUUUCAUCUCGUCCCAAUGUUCAUCAAACCAGUCCGUGUUUUUGUGAGAUUUUUUGCCAAAGGCCUGUAUUGCGGAUGUAUAGAUUGUGUCUCUGAGAUGCGUCCAUUUCGAGUCAAUGGUGACGCAUGGGGACAUCCUUGAGAUACCUUCCUUCACCUUGUCUGUGAACAGCUGCGUUUGCGCAGGGUCUUUCAUGCUGAAGGUAUUGAUACGCGGACAUCCCUUUUUCUUGGUGUGGUAGGAGUUUUUCCUCAUUAUUCGUACCUUGCUGGCGACAAGGGAGUGAUCCGUGUCACAGUCGGCACUGUGAUAGCUGCGAGUGAGUAGGAUGGUGGCUAGUUGUGCAUGCCUGGUGAUGAUGAGGUCCAGCUGGUGCCAUUGGCGGGAUGGAGGGUUUCUCCAAGAUACUUGAUGUAUAUCCUUGCACUUGAAGUAAGUGUUGGUCACACACAAGCCUCGUGAGCAGCACAAUUCCAGAAGCCUCUGUCCUAUUUCAUUAAUCUUUCCUCUUCAUAAGAGUCCAAGGCAUGUGGGCCAGGCUUCGUGGUCACUCCCCACUCUAGCAUUGAAAUCUCCCAGGAGGUAGAUUGCCUCGUCUUUGUGGAUGCUUGCUAUUGCCUGGUCUAAAGCUCCAUAGAACUGGUCCUUCUCUUCCGGGGUUGAACAGAGAGUUGGGGCAUAUGCACUAAGAAUGGUUGCUGGGCCCGCGGCUGUUCUGAGUCUUAGAGUGAGGAUCCUCUCCGUGCCUGAUGACGGGGGAUCAAUGAAUGGUGUAAGAGUGUUCUUAACAGCGAAACCUACACCAUGCUGUCUAGGUUCGUUUGUUGGUCUGCCUUGCCAGAAGAAAGUGUAAUUUGCCUCUUUGAGUGUACCGUUGUCUGGGAGCCUGGUCUCCUGAAGGCAAGCGAUGUCAAUCUUUAGCCUUUCAAGUUCUCUAUCGAUUAUUCCUGUCUUCCGAGUGUCGUUUAUUGACUGCGGGUCAUCAGUGAUGCCGGGACACAUAGUCCUCACGUUCCAGCUAGCGAUUCGAAGAGCUGGGAUCUUCUUUUUCUUUUUUGUGUUUCUUGGUGCAGGGCUUAGUGGCCCACUUGUUGAGUGGUACUCUAAUCUCCACGCACCCAGUGGAGAAGGCAGGCCAUGACGGGAUAGCACCUAUUUGACUGGGGGCUGCCCAGUUUGAGGCGGGCGGUAGCUGUCCAGUGAGACAUUGGUAGUCUCUCCCACCGUCGGAAGCAGCCCCUGGCGCCUAGCUCUACGUCAAUUGAGCUUUUGGCUUAUAACCGGUAACUGCUGCUUCCCGUGUUUUGUCGACACCUUGCGGCGACGCUGGAGUGUCCUCUCCAGAGGUGAUGCAAGCCUGGGCGGGUAUUAUGGAGAAUUGCCGGUAUGUACAUAAGAGUUUUAUGUAUAGACCGCCUGUAGGUGCUCCAUUUCCUGAUUUUCUGUCGGGGUUUACUCCCUUAGCCUUUCCCGAAGGGUAUAGCCGCAAGGCAGCGGAGGAUUUUUGAAGUCGGAGUUUCCUUCUCCUAGCCGUAGGGGUGCCAGCACCAGGAUUCGAACCCGUGACUGAUUGAAAUUUAUUUUGAAGUCUUGGUACCGCAGCGCAUCGCACUAUCACUUUGACCACCGCGCCCCCCACAAUGCACAAUGUCUUAAAUUAUUUAUUUUCUUAAGUUUUAAAAUGUAAAUGUUAGACUUUAAUUAUCAAGUGUCAAGUUGGAAAUGAGAAUAGUUCAUGACAGAAAUAUUAGAUUAUAAAAAAGCAUUUUUUAAAUUUCAGGCCUCAAGAUGAAAAUCACCCUGACGUUAAACCAGAUAUUAUUGUAGAUAACCUAGCAAAAUUUGUGGAUUUGCUUCUACUAACUUCUAGGCAAGAUACAGCAAUCUGAAGAUUUUUUAAUAUGAUUGUGUUAUACACACAUUGAUAUGGGUUGUUUUUGGUUUUUUUACAUUUUCUAAGUAAAGAAAUGUAUGUUUUAAGAAUAAAUAUGAUCUACAAAAUUUUGUAAUAAAAUUUAAAACUAUUAAGCUGUUCACCUCAAAUGUGCAAUUAUCAUGGAAUACUACAUAGACUUUUCUUUUAGGAAAACAAAAAAACAAAUAAGUAAAAGGCUUAUAGUAAAUUAAGUCAGUACUUUUUUGUGACCUUGUUUUAUUAAAGAAUUUUACAAAUAUUGCAUCUUAUUUGUCUUGUUAUAAGUUUAAUCAGGCAUGCUAUUAGGUAAAAAUUUGCAGAAAUAGUAAAAGUUUGUAUAACACUAGUUUAUAAACAAAAAUACAGAGAAAUUGCUGGGGGAGAUUGGCCAUAGGCCAGAUCUGUAACACCACUACUCUGACAUGGCGUGGGAUCUUAUUUCUUAUGCUGUGGGUUAUGUCAGUAGUAUGGUUACUUAUGUUAUGUUGAUAUUUCAGGAUGCCGACUAAGACUUCUUCAUUCUUCCACUUAUCAUCCGGGCACGCAAAUAAGAAUAC